CAUACACGCAUACUCCGCACAGAAGUUGCUUCUUUUCUCAUUUGAUCUGACCUGGGAAGGGUCACUACCUAUACAAGAUACAUGCAUGCAUGUCUGGGCCUGUUCUUUCUUCCAUCGCCUGCCCUGCACCUGAACCUCCAAGGAUACGAUACUGCACUGCCUAGUACAAGCAUCCAACCAACCAAGCAGCGUAGUCGGAGGAGCCUGGAGAGGCAAGGCCAAGCAUUUCUUGCUGCUGGAGCGUGUGAAGGCAGGUAGGCGUUGUGGGCUGUAGAGGAGACCAGGCAGGUCAAAAUUGUGUUGAAGAACGCAGGGGGUUGCUCGAUGACGAUGAUAGAUCGUUUGUUGGGCGUCCAUCAAGCGAGUGAGUGAGUGACUGGCGGCGAUGGCGAUGGCAGAGAGUCGACGGAGUCGUGUUGUUCUCGCCAAGGAAGGGAGCGAGCGUGGAGAAGUAUGUACUGUCGAGUUAUCAAUGUGUAUGUGAGAGAGAGAGCGUUCUUGGCGGUGAUACACGUAGCCAGCCAGAUUUGUCGAUUGUCGAGCGGGUGGUUGGGGUCCUCGUC